AGACACAACCCAGAGAUCUGACUCAGACUCAAACGGACGCAUGUUUGAAACAGCAAAGGAUGGAGGCAGUGACAGUCCUCUACUGCUGGGCACUGAUGCUGAGCUGGACCAGGAUCUGUGGAGCUCUGCAGGUCUCACAUGGACGGCAGCUGAUACCGGCCCCGGGCUCCACAGCAGCAGUCCGAGAAGACACACUGAAGUCCCAUCGCGCAGUGGGCUCCACAGGGACCUCAGGUGGUCUACAACCUCCACAUGUAGAGCACAACUCCGCCUACUCAAAGACCUCAUCAGCCAACCCGCCGUCUCAUCACGUCCCUCAAAAUGCACCUUGUUUUGUCAGUGACAUAUUUGCAAUGUUGCGUGAGGCUUUGGGGACCGACGGGGAUCUCCGAAACAACAGCUUGGCUCAGUUUGCGGUUUGCGGAGUCUCAGACAUCCCAUCAGACUCGUUGUUUUUAGAGCUCGCCAAGGAAACCAGCAGAGAUCAGACACAUGGACCGGAUGUGUUGCAUCCAACUGGAGUGCUGAUGUCUGCAGAGGAGGAGACAGGAGUGUUGACAUUGACCUUUGACCUCCCACAGUCUCCUCUGCCUCUGCUCAACCCCGUGCUGCUCCUGGCUUUUGAACAUCCCCUCAGAGGCCCAAACAUGGACGUCACCUUCACCAGUCAGCUUUUGGAUCCGAACACCCAGACUGUGUGCAUUUCAGCAGAAACCCAGUACAUACCACUGACAGGAAAAGCAUCAGAGGGAAACGUUCACCAGAAAUGGAAGAUUUCUGCCGAGACAAAAUCCCCUGACAUGAAGCAAACCCUAAAAGAAAUCCUUAUUGGUGAAGAAUCGGGAAGUAAUAUCAGCAUGUAUCCACUUCUGCUUUUCUCAAGAGGAACCGAGACAAGAUCUCCGGCCUCCCACGGCUCCUUCCUGUGUGAGCUCAGGCGCUUCCUGGCCGAUGUCCUGCCUCGCCCUGACUCCCCUCCCAUCAGCCUGGACUCCUUACACUCCCUGCCUCCGCUCACAAUAGGCCCGUCCUCCAGCGAGUCUCUGCUGGCGGGCCUUAUGAACUCCUCAGCCCCCACGGUCUUCUCCUUCAGCGGGGGUCCCUCCAUGUUUCAGGUGCAUCGUGGGGAACUGGCCCUGCCUCCUGCCCUGUUGGAGGAGCUCAGCCAGAGGUUAGAACAGAUGGCCACCCACACCAUGGAGGCCAUGAAAGAAGAGGAGGGAGCUGACAGGGCCACACGGAGCCUGGACAGACUCCACAGCCUAUGUGUGUUCCCCAAAGCGGAACCAGCAGCAGGAGAGCGUCAGUACCGUGCCUUCCUCCUGCUCAAGGCCCUGCAGACCGUGGCCCGUUCCUACGAGGUUCAGAGGGCACUGAGGGCCACCAGAGCAGACCACGACAGACCCCCGAGAAGUAACGUCUGCAGCCUGAGGAGUCUCACCGUGUCCCUGGAGCGCUAUCUGGUAGGUCCCAACACCGCUGCUAUAAACAACUGCCACGGCGCCUGUGCUUUUCCCAUGCUCAACGGCAACAACCACGCCGUCCUGCUCAACUCCCACAUUGAGGGAGGGAAUGUGGGUGAGCGCGCUCCCUGCUGUGUGCCCGUGGCCUACGAAGGCCUGGAGGUGGUGGAUCUGAACGAACAUGGGACUUAUCUCACCAUUAAACCAGAUAUGGUGGCCAAGGAGUGUGGGUGCCGAUGAAAUAACACAUCCACAAAUGUUUUUUCUACUUGUAUUUGGGACAAAAAAAAAUGUACUCAUCAUUUAACAAUAGUCAACAAUGACUUCUUUUGUGUAGGAAAAAGUGUCAUUAAACUGUAAAGCAUAAUGUCAUUUAUUUAUUCACACUGUGCACUGAAAUAACCACAUUCAUUUACAGAUACUUAUUUAUAUGUUUGUCAGUAUAUUAGCAAUUUAUGAUCGAUAUUAGGAAUUCACAGCAGACAUCUUUAGUUAUUUAUAAAUAACCAGAAGUA